GCGGGAUUUCCUGUGCCCGCCCCGCGCCGGCCGCCGUCGCCUGUCGCUGGCUGUGCGGUCCGCGGGCUCGGCCGCGCCGGCCGGGAGGCAGCACCAAGGGGGCCGAGCCCGGCUGCUGUUGGCGUGUUCCAGGUCACAGUCUGUACUUGCUGCAGAAAUGCUUUCUGAACAGACGGCAGCCCUGGGAGCAGGAUGGGAGUCGGCGAGCGUACAGCUGGGUGGAGCAGAGCCCCAGGUGGACAGAGGAAACCGGGAAGGCCCGUGGAGAACAGCACCAGGGCCCCUGGAGCACCUUCACUGUGGUCCUGAAGAGGAGCCACUGUCCCUUCAGGAGAAGGCUCAGUCUACUCCCUGGGUUCCUGCCGUCCCCCAGGAGGGGAACACUGGAGACUGGGAAAUGGCAGCUGCCCUCCUUGCAGCCGGAUCCCAGGGCCUGGUAACCAUCAAGGAUGUGUCACUGUGCUUCUCUCAGGAGGAGUGGCGGAGCCUGGAUCCCUCUCAGACAGACUUUUAUGGAGAAUACGUCAUGCAGGAAAAUUGCGGGAUUGUCGUCUCUCUGAGGUUUCCGAUCCCCAAACUGGACAUGCUUUCUCAGCUAGAGGGAGGAGAAGAGCAAUGGGUCCCUGACCCCCAGGACUUAGAAGGGAGGGAUAUCCUGAAGGUCACAUACACAGGAGACGGAAGUGAACAUGAGGGUGAUACUCCUGAACUAGAGGCAGAACCUCCCAGAAUGUUAUCCAGUGUAUCUGAAGAUACUGUUCCCUGGAAUCCAGGGCAGGAGCCGAGCUGGGAGUCCAUGCCCAGGGGCUCCAGGGGAAUGCUCCUAAGACCACCCUUUCUUCAGGAAGACAGCUUCUCAAGCCUUCUGUGUAGCUCGGGGAUGGAUUCUCUCUUAAAGCCCCAUACGUGCCCUCAGUGUGGGAAACAGUUUGUAUGGGGCUCCCACCUCGCCAGGCACCAGCAGACACACACUGGAGAGAGGCCCUACAGCUGCCUCAAGUGUGAGAAAAGCUUUGGGCGAAGGCAUCACCUGAUCAGGCACCAGAAGACCCAUCUACGUGACAAGCCAAGCAGGUGUUCUGAGUGUGGCAAGAAUUUUCGAUGCAACUCCCAUCUGGCCAGUCACCAGAGAGUGCACGCGGAAGGCAAGUCCUACAAGGGCCAAGAGGUCGGAGAGAGCCCUGCAGCUGGGAAACAGCAGCCUGCCCCCCCAGUGCCAAAGUGCCACGUGUGCACCGAAUGUGGGAAGAGCUUCGGCCGAAGGCACCACCUUGUGAGACACUGGCUGACCCACACCGGGGAGAAACCCUUCCAUUGCCCGCGCUGUGAGAAGAGCUUUGGCCGGAAGCACCACCUGGACCGGCACCUGCUGACCCACCAGGGACAGAGCCCCGGGAGCAGCUGGGACAGAGGGACAUCUGUCUUUUGAAACCUGUGUCUUCUGUAGCUAUGGUCAAAUCUGUCAGCCGGUGCUGCCAGCAGCCACUGCCAGAGCUGCCUCUGGUGGCCGGAGUGUGUCUUGACAGUUCGUAUGAAAACAGAAUUCCUUGGGCAAAAUUUUGGGGAACAGUGCAAAGUGUGUGUGUGUGUGUGUGUGUGUGUGUGUGUGUGUGUGUGUGCGCGCGCGUGUGUGUGACUAUUCAGUUUGAACCCACUGUCAAGGGUCCAGUGGAACCAGCAGUGAGGGGUGAGGUCCGUUCUCAUUGGUUGGAGUCUAUGCCGUAUCAGUUCCUAAAUAUUUACACAUCACCCUUGUGUGCUGAUUGUGUUCCCUCUACAGAGAGGGAGAGUGAAAGGGGCCAUGUCAGUAUACCAAGGGCUCUGAGAACUUCCAUAGUCAAUUGCUCAGUGUCUGUUAAUGCAAUGUCUCCUACAUUUAUCUGGCCUCAGUAUCUAUUUCAUAUCCUCACAUGUGACUCUGUGAAACGUACUUCUGUAAGCACUGUGUUAAAAAAGUAACGAGGAAACAGGAAAGAGACGGUGACUAGGCGCUCAGAGUCCCCAUUUUUAUCUAUGAAAGCAAGGAGGACAACAUUGUUGUGUGGGUCUGUCACCUUCCCCAUCACUACAUGCCUCUCACCCUACCUCUGAAAAAUACAGUGACCUUUCACUCCCUAUUCCUAGACCACUCACUCAUUCUGCACACACCACACACACACACACACACAUCACACACAACACACACAUCACACACACCACAUACCACACACACACACACACCACACACACACACACACACACACACACACACACACACACACACACACACACACACAGAGCUGAGAUCAGGUUACAAAGCUAAAGGAUGGACCUUACACCCCCAAGUAACCCAGGCCCACACGAAGGAAAAAACUGUCCCCUUGAACACAGCCUUCCCUUCCUGUUUUGGUGUCUGUGUGGAUACGGGUGCAGGGUCUUUAAAGAGAGCAUGCUCAGUGCAGACUGUACAAGCUAGGUUUUCUAGGAAUUGUGUUCUAGAGAUAAGAGUAGUGGGGAUGGUGUGAGUUUUGGUUUUGUUUAAAGGUAUUCUGAGUGGUAAAGGGAGUCGUGGCAGAAUAGUACCAUGAUGGCUUAAGUUGUGUACGAAGUUUUCCCCAGUAUUCCCGCGAUAUAGACAGUUGUGGAUUUGUGUAUCUAGGUCUGAAUCUCUGAGAUGAAAUUAUUUUCUCCUGCAGAGGUGGAAAGACACACGGUGUUUUGUUGUUGUUGUUGACUUCAAGGGAGGUGACGGAGGCUUGUGCUGAGUGCAAUUUUGUCUUGUUUUAAGUGCUAGAAAAUUAGGACAGGAAUCGCAGCAUUGGAAGUUACUACCAUCAUUCUUGUUUGAAUUUCAUAGCUUCAUCAAAGGGAAAAACUGGUGUUGAGCAUCUCAUUCUCCCAGGAAAAAGAACUUUAGGGCAAAGGGCUGUAGCUCAGCUGGGCAGCUGAUGAGAAUAACGAGCUUUCCAAUAGUGUUCCUCCUUGUUCUGGGAAGGGCUUCACACCGAGACUCUUGACUCUAAGGUUCGCUGCCUGCACCAGGGCUCCUACCAACUCUGUCGGUUCAUGAGUUGGCCACUGUUUGUCUUUUUGGUGGUUGUAUUAAUACCAAUCUUACAACGUACAACUGAUCUUCCAUAUAAGAGAAGUUUGGAAUUAGGGGGGAAGAAGAGCAAAGAGCGUGAAAGUGGGUAUUUUUCUCUUCAAGGCUUAUAUGCUGGGUUUUGUAAUCCCCCCCCCAAGAUAUUCAUUUCUCAAACACAGUUGGAAUUAGCCAGAGAAGCAGGAGGAAGUGAUUUGCAGCAAUCUAGUUAAUGAGGGCUCUGCUCAGGAAGAGCUGGGUGAAGUCAUUUUGCUGACUAGGCAUUCUGGUUACUUGAGCAUCCCAGCCCCUGACUCUCUCCUGCUGCUGAGAAUAGCCUUCCUUCUUGAACUGGAAUGUGUUUCUCUUGCUUACAUUCUGAUAAAUUAAGCAAAAUAUGGACAGCCCUUUGCAAGCAGGCCUUACCCUAGGCUCCAGGAACGGGAUCGGUUUAGAGUCAGUAUUAAGAGAAUGAGAAAAACCUCCCACUUGAAUACAAAUAUUUAAGAUAAGUCAAUUCUGUGCAAAGCCCUCUGUAACAGAACAUGUUUCAGAUUACGGAUCCAUUGAGCAUCUUAUGGAAACCAGAAUUUACUUUGCAGAAAAGUAGACGUUUACGGUUCACUCAUUUGCAUGUGCAUUAAGCGGACUUAGUUCCGCCCGUGGAAUCUUUCAACUGGAGUAAGAGAAAGGGGGAAAGCUCAUUGUGGUGUCUCACACCUGUGAUCCCAGCACUUGGGAGGCAGAGGCAGUUGGAUCUCUAAGUUCUAGGUCAGCCAAGGCUAUGUCGUGGGAUCCUGUUUAAAAGUCAGAAGGCAUUUAUUCCUUUCUGACUCGUGAUUGUUGUAUAGAUACCCAUGCCAAGAAUUACAAGGCAAGAUUCAGGAAAUACUGUAAGGACUGAAACACUAGAAGGCACCAAGAGAGGAGGGCAGAGCCGGGCCUGUAAUGCCUGGGAUCUGCUUACACGACACUCUGUUCUUAGGGAACCCUGGCACACUCACAGCUCCGCUCGCACACCUGGUUUUAAGGAGGUGUGGCAGUUACCUUCCGUCCUAUCAGAUUAUGCCUUGUGAUAACCACACUGAACCUCCAACCUUUUCUCUGUCUUAGUAAUUGCAGGGACAGAAAGUGGAGCCCUCAAAGUGUAGGUGCGGCUACAGCACCCCGCUGCAAGGCGGCAUGGGAUUGAAGGGCUUUGUGCCAUAGGAAGGGUCCUUUGGCUCAUUUCGGAUGUGUUGCUAUCUUUUCUACCUCGGUCCAAUACCACCUCCUUUGGACAAAUAAUAAAACAAGCAACAGCCACUAAAUGAGUGACUAUGUCUGUUCCGCACCCCCGCCCCCAGGAAACUUUCCACAGCCUCAAACUUUUCACCUUCUCCACUCUUGUGCCUCAUCACCACACUAUCCCCUUAAAUUUUUAAAGUUUUAUGUAUAUGAGUAUGAACGUAUGUACGUAUGUGCACCACAUGUAUGUCUGAAUGUCUGAUGCCCUCGGAGGUCAGACGUGGGCAACGGAUAUCCCAGAACUGUUAUUAUGGAUGAUUGUGAACCAACUACCACGUGGGUGCUGGGAAUGGAAUCUGUGUCCUCUGCAAGAGCAACAAGCGCUCUUAAAGGUGGAGCCAUCUUUCCGGACCCCCACACUAGCCCUCUUAAAUAAAACGUUUCAGUGUUCUCUCUGG